UCGACUUGUCUUUUCCUAUUUUAGACUGAAAACAUGAACCCUAAGAAUGGUCACUGUUGGGAUAAUUUAACGGCGGACCUUGUCGAGCGUGUUGUUAGCUUCCUGGAUCCAAACGAGGUGGUAUGUACCGUCAAGGAAAUCAAUAAGGCCAUGGCGAGCCAGUUUCGGGAAAAAGUAGCUAUCCGGCUGUCGCAGCCCGUACCCCAUCACGCGUUCAACAGGCACUGGAGCCGCCCGGAGGCAGUUCACAACUUCACUCCAAGUAAACGCCGAAAGCUCGUACUCCUGACAGCCCGCAGCGGCAGCCUGGCCAACCUGCAGGUCGCUGUCAAGGCAGCGGGCUGCGAGCUCUCCUGGGAGGUCUUCAACGCAGCAGCCGAGGGCGGCAAUAUUGAGAUGUGCCAGUGGCUGCAGGAAGAAGACUGCCUCUUCAUUUCUGAGAAAGCGGCAGCAGCAGCUGCCCGAGGUGGCCAUCUGGAAACGGUCCGGUGGCUACUGCAACAGGAGCGUGAUUUUCGAGAGCUACGGAAAGCUGGUUCCCAAGCAUUCAUGGCAGCCGCCUGUGCCGGUCAUCAGGCUGUGUGUGAUGGGCUCAUGGAGGACGGUACUCCGUUGAAACACUGGAUGGGUCUUGCUGGUGCCGCCCGCGGUGGCCAUGUGGGCCUCACACACUGGCUCCUUCAGCAGUUUGAGCCAGAAGAAAGGCCAGUGUCGAGGCUCAGAGAGCCGUGGAAAGCCAAGGUUAUCACGGAAGCUGCAUAUGGCUUCAACCUGGCGGCAUUGCAGGAUCUACACCGGACCUUCCUGAGGUACGGUGGUGAUAGUGGUGAUAGUGGCGAUAGUGGCGAUAGUGGUGAUAGUGGUGAUAGUGGCGAUAGUGGUGAUAGUGGCGAUGAUGCCAGCAGCCUACUAACCCGCAUCACCCUUGUGGAGGCCCUGGUGAGCCCCACCCCCGACUGGCGGGCCAAGGUGGAGUGGCUGCAGGGUCAGGGCUGCCGCUUCGGUGGUGACCUUGAGUCCUUAGAUGAGGAGGCCCUUGCGUCCUUAGAUGAGGAGGCCCUUGCCAGGAGUCCGGAUGCUGUGGAGCGGGUACAGCGGCUGCUUGUGGAGUUAGAGGAAAAGGAUGUCGUACCAUGGGUUUUCAUCAGCGCCGUACGUGCUGAUAACCUGCCCCUGAUACGCUACUUGCGAGUGGGGAGGGACUGGCUUCCAGAACGCACGAAGGAGGCUGUGGCAACAGCAGCCUAUGCCGGCAACAAGGCGCUGCUGGUCGAGCUGUUGACCUUGGGCUGGGAGCUUGAUGGGUGGACUGUGGUGACCGCAGUUCAGGGAGGUCACCUGCACAUUCUUAAAUGGAUGGGUGCAUGUGUUGGUUGGAAGCACAUCCAGGAGCUCCUCCAGAAGUACCAGGAUCUAUUGCCACAUGUAACAUCUUUUAAUAGUGUGGAAGUCGUGGAAUGGCUGCUAAACGAGCUAGCCUUGCCCUGGAGUGGAGAGGAGCUUUUCAAUGCAGCGGUGAGGGCAGGCAGUCCCGCAGUAUUGGAGUGGCUUGUGGCCCGGGGCAUCCCCAUGGGGGACGAUGGUGAGCUUUACGUAACGGCAGCACACUUUCACGACCUGGUCUUCCUGCGUUGCCUGAGGCGGCUGGGCUGCCCCUGGGGCCCCGGCGUCUUCAGCCGAGCGGUGUACGACAAGGGUGCGCUGUACGACAAGGGUGGUCGCGGUAACCUAGAGGUCCUUCAGUGGCUGCACGCCGAGGGCUGCCCGGUGGACUGGGAGGAGGCCAGGAGCAGGGCCAAGAUCCGAAAAGAUGAAUGUUGUGAUGCAAGAUGUGCCGCUGUUCAUGCCUGGAUUGAGAGCAUAGCGCCGAAGUAG